UAUAUGGAAAUAGAACUAAAGAUUGAGGUGGAGAUAGAGGUUGAGGGUGAGAGAGAAGAGGAAAGAAAUGGAGUGCAGUGGAGUAAAGCUGAAUUUGAAAGCCAUAAAUCACCUCCUCUGCAAGUGUACCUUAUCAUCGUCUACCUUCAACUUCAACUACUCCUCCACAUAUUUCCGUUUUCAAUCUCCUUCUUACUUAUCUACUACAACUACAUUACCAGAUUCUGGUCGUUAUUGCAAGAAGAAGCUAUUCUUUGGUCCCUCUGCUUGUUCCUUCUCCUCACCUGCUUCUCGCUUCUCUCUUCUCUCUAAUAAUGGUAAUGUCGAUGGAAUAACCAAACCAAUCUCCCAUCACAAUACCAGCGACUUGCUUCAAGUUGUCUUGGUGUCUCCUCAGAUUCCUGGAAAUACUGGAUGCAUUGCCAGAACUUGUGCUGCAUCAGGUGUUAAACUACACCUUGUCGAGCCAAUGGGGUUUGAAAUAGAUGAUACCAAAGUGAAGCGAGCUGGACUGGAUUACUGGCCGUUUGUGGUUGUCAAAGUGCAUCGAUCCUGGGAUGAGUUUCAAGAUUAUUUCUCUCUUCAAGAUGGAGAGAAGCGACUACUGGCUUUCACUAAGAGGGGUACAUCAAUACAUUCGGAAAUUUCAUACAGGCCUGGUGAUUGGCUUGUGUUUGGAUCAGAAACUAGUGGGCUACCCCCUGAUGCACUCCUUGACUGCAAAAAUGGAGCAUAUGGUGGUGGAACUAUUAAAAUUCCUAUGGUGGAUACCUAUGUCAGAUGUUUGAAUCUUUCUGUUAGUGUAGGCAUUGCUGUAUAUGAAGCUGCGAGGCAAUUAAACUAUGAGCAGCUCCAAUGUUCGUCUGAAACCUAUGGCAACAGUGAAAAUCCAAUUAUAGCUGAAGAUAUUUUUGCGUAGCGAAUAGCAACUAUGUCAUAUUCGUUUGGUUAGCUGUUGUCUAUUGAAUCCACUAUCUAAUAGCGCUAGAACUGUUGAAAACCCCCCCAGCCAACCUACCAAAGGUAAGAUGAAUAUUUAUUGCACACGUGGGGGAAUUGGAAAGCUCAAUUUACAAGGGGCAAAAUUCGAACUGUUGUCGUACCAGUGAAAGGAAGUCCCCCAACCAACUAGGCCAAUUUUGAUUUUUUUUAGAACGGGUGAACUUGAUGAUGUAAAUACAUAUAUACACAAGUACGUUCAUCAUACAUCGAGAUGUAUUAUGCACUAUUUGUUCAUUUUGUGUAUAUUUUGCUCAAUUGGAGGAUUUCAAAUGAGAAAUGAGCAAAAUAAAAUAGUAUUGGGUGUA